UUAUGCAGUAGGUCUACGGAAAUGGGGCGUCUCACAGCAUUGGGAAUACUAGGUCUACUGGCAUCUACACUAGCUGCACCGGCUCCUCAAUUAUGCUUGUCGUUGCCUCCAUGCUACCUGCCCCCACCAUGCCCACCACCAUGCCCACCGCCAUGCCCACCACCAUGCCCUGAGCCAUGUCCCCCACCGUGCCCAGAACCGUGUCCUGAGCCAUGCCCUCCACCAUGCCCAGAGACGUAUGAGCCUCCUUGUGAUAAUAGACAGCCAACCCCUUGUGGUGAUGGUCCAGUAAAGGUGGAAGUGCAGCGAGGAGCAGCCGCUGGAGUCACUGAAGGACUUCGUAACUUGGGCUUCCAAAUAGUCCAAGUACCCGGUGGAACCUUCUACAUCAAACCAUCUCCUGAUAUAGUUUUAACACCACCACCAAUUCUAGUUCGUCCAGCACCACUUCGACCCAUCCUUCCACCCGCUAUAACUGUUCAACCCCAACAAUUACGGCCUAUAACCCCACCACCGAUUGUGGUCCGACCGCAACCAUUGCCGCCGAUAAAUCCACCACCAAUAUGUGUCAGACCCAAACCACUUUGCCCCAUCCAACCUCCUACAAUCAUUGUGCGACCACCACGCCCAAAUCCAAUCCAACCACCAGCAAUUACCAUCCGCCAGCCCCAAUUACCACCAAUAACCCCAACGCCCGUCGUGGUCAGACCUCCUGCUCCAGCAAACAUUCAGCCUCCAUCUAUUAUCUUCAGGACCUCAGUCCUAGGUUCGGGUGCUUCUAGCGCAGGAAGUUCAAGUUCUAUAGGAGUCAAUGAAGCCGGUGGGUCUGGAUCGGCCUACAGUGGUGGUUACAGUUAUGGUGAUGAUGGUUGCGACCCAUGCGAUCCAUGUCCACCCCCUCCAUGCUACGAGCCGGCUCCAUGCCCAUGCCAGCCUCUUCCACCAUGCCCCUGCUCUUGCCAAUAAAUUGCCAGUUUAAUGCCAGUAAUACGUUAAUAAUAGAAAAUACGUUUGCCCUUUCAAGGUACCUAAGAGCUGUAUAAGGCGAUUGUCUAAGUUCAACCCACAGUUGUUAAUGAGAAAGGAGAAAAAUCACCGAUGACUUCUCUAUGCGUCCCAUUUUGGAUUCGCUCAUAGAAGUAAAGAGUGUGAUAUAAGAGGGAAAUUUUUAUUAUCUGAACAGCGAUUACUGGCAUUUAAAAGGCAUCCUUUACCAACUUUAUGCACAUGAUUGUUCUUAGAUUUCUCAUUAAUAAUUAGAUUGACGUAUAAAGUUGGUAAAAUAAUUGGUUUUGAUCUCAAAACGCGCGUUAUUGGACUGUAGAUUGAUAAAUACCCGUUAGCUAUUUUGAUUGUAUGAAUGUUUGCAAAUAUAGCUUUAUUAUUUAUAUGUGUAUAGUAAAUAAAUGUAUGAAAUGUUA